GCGGCCAGAUUCUCUCGGGCCUAGCCGCCGUCGUCUCAAUCUGUUCAGUUGGAGAACCGUUUCGUGAUGUGCGAAGUACUUGAGCAGCAGUACCCGUCGCCCAGCGGUUACAUUUCGAAACGUAUAAACACUACGUAACGCUCGAAGACCACAGCUGAAUUGCCUGCAAUGUCACUAGUAGACAUAUUCGCAUGUAUCACGGGUGGGAACUUCCCGGCAGUGCCAGGGUCCACGCAACAAGCGUAUUCGAAGAGUUCCUUUGCAGUGUUUCUAGCGACGCCGCCUUUAGGCAUCAUUUCAAUUUUGGCGCCGAAUGUGGAGGCGUGUUUGGCGGAUGAUGUAGCGAGGAGAUUGCACGGGAAUGAGGUGCCGCUCGGGGAGUAUCUCAAGGAAGAGUUGAAUGAUGAGAGGGAGAGGGUCAACAUCUUGUUCUAUCGAACUUGUCUUGGAAGACUAAAAUGGAUGAUCACCUAG